CACGACCGCGGAUCGUGUCGUUUCAUUGCGUUAUCAAUUCAAUAUUCAUCACGAUAGCUUGCAACACCUCGGGAUGUUUAAGUCUUACCGCAAGUCCGUCUAGAGAACGAACGCAAACGUGAUGCAAUCGACAGAACUAUUAAUACAACUUAUUGUUAUCCGUUGGGUAAGGCUCGCGCGCAAAUUAUACGGUAGUCUCGAUUUAGCGAAUACAGUGAAGCAUCAGUCGUCGUGGAUAUUACCAAACACGAGAAUUUCAAGUUGCAAUUAAUUAGUCGAAUUGUCGCGUAUUAAAACUUUCCAUCGAGAAAUCGAAGCAGUCAAAAGUUAUUCCGGUAUAACAAAUAAACUUUGAAGACUUUUAAGACGCACAACUGAAUCUUGUUGCGACGCAACACAACAACAGUCUAAAAUCCUCAUUCUUUAUAGGGGCUGUAACAGUUCUUUCGUCCCCCCCCCCUCCCAGAUUGUUUCCAAUUAUCAAAUCUCUUAAGAAACUUAAUGUAAUUCAAAGCGAGAGAUGCGGAUUUUGUGUCUCGAUAGGACGAUAGUGUUGCAUAGAAGCAGGAACUGUUGCGACUAUGAUGCCGAACGAAUGAUUAAGGCCGUGCCAGAAAUCUGCGGUUUUAUUAUUAACCAUAAUUACAGUUAUGCGACCGUAUUAGGGCCGCCGAAUAACUGCCGAGUUUCCAUCUCCAUGCCGUCGUGAUCGAAAUGUCGCUAUAUAAAACCGAGCGAUGCAGUUGCAGAUGAACCGUUUCAGUGUUGUUCGAACGCUCAUAGGAUUUCACCGAAUUGUGCUAAUGAUUCGGAAGGCGAUACUAUUAGCGAUGGUCUUGGUUGGAGUUCGAAACGAACCGCAGGGUCCAGCCUAUCUUCCGCCCAGUUCUCGACCUGGAGGUGGAGGGACAGGUCAUCCGGAUGAAUGGGCCGGUGACCCAGCAAAUUAUGAAUUUUCAUACGAGGUCCAAGACACGGCGGCGGGUCUGGACUUUGGCCAUCGUGAGAUGAGAAAAGAUAUGGAAGCCACCGGGACCUACCAUGUAUUGCUGCCCGACGGUAGGACCCAAAUUGUUGAUUACGUGGCCGAUGGGGCCGGAUAUCGACCCAUGGUACGAUACGAGGGAACUGCAACUUAUCCAGCGCCAGGCGGACAUUCUCAGGACGAGGGCUACAGAUAUUAAGGCCUCCGUCACAAUUAUCGCGCUUUAGACGCUUCUUUAAGUUUAGAACUUAGAUCGUUAAGAGUUUAUACGGAUCUGGAUCAGGUAUCUUUAAGGAUGCAUUCUUAGAAGUAGCAUUCUUAGAUGCAAGCGAUAACCGCUGGAGAGUCUAAGAGAAGAAGAAUACUCCGGUUAUCCGACGAGUUAUACAUCCGUGAGUUAUGUGUGCGCACGAGUUAUCCAUUUAAUAACGACGCUUGCGAUUUGCAUAAUAAUUUUUGAUCCACAAACCGAAAGUGGUACAAUGUGGAAUAAAAUA